AAUAAUAGUGCCACUACUCGGUAAACCGUAGCUGUGGAAAGACAGCACGGGGAGAGGAGGGUUGAUUUUUUUUGUAGAUUUUUAUUUGUAGUGGUGUUCUUACUCCACGGGAACAAGAAACGAAAACGUGACUAAAAGAAACACCCGAAGGGCGUUACCGAAGAGCAACAAUGAUCAGGACAUCUCUGAUACUUUUAGCAGGAGCCUGCUUAUGCGCAGCAACGGCUACUUAUGAUGUCGACAUUGGCAGUCAGCUGAAGCAUUUUACUAAACACCGAUACCCCAGCAAAGGUUACUCCGAGAACCACCAGACGGCGCGAAAACACAUCGAAGAAACCUUCAGAUACCAUGGUCUCGUUGUCAAAAAACAGAAAUUCAACACUACUGUGAAUACAGCCAUCACCGACUUCAACCCCGUCGACGAAGUUGUAACAGGCGUAAACAUCAUGGGCAUUGCCCCAGCCAUAAGCAACAAACCAGAGGCUGUCAUCGUGGUGUUGGCCGACUACGACACCAAUGGGAUUGAUAACCCCAUGAUGAACAAUGGUGCUGGAAUGGCGGUUCUUCUAGAGACGAUCAAACUGUUCAUGUACAAUGUUCGCUGGUCUGAGGAGUUCAAACAGAACUUCACGACAGUCUUCGCUGCGCUGGACUUGAACACCAGAGAACACAUGGGGAGUGGAGGUAAACCAGGGGGAUGGUACUUUGUUCACGAGUGGCUCUGGAACUACCUAAACAGAUCUGAAAUCAACUUCGGAGGCGCGUACGUUAUUGACUCUGUCAUGAACAUCAACAGGGUCCAGGAUUCCCAAAACCCCAAUGACGACUUCCGCCAGAUGUUCCCUGACACUUUCGAGCGGAUACAAGAUCACGGCAACCGUGGGGACUUCUUGGCAAUGGUCACACUCAACAAGGAGAAAUGCAUGAAACUGAGAGACCAAUUUAUUAGCAAUUACAACACGGAGAGGAUCAAGAGGCCCUUUAGACUGGAGGAUAUGACACUCCCGGAAAGCCUAUCCAUGAGCAGACUGCUAGCUUCCCUCACACGCCAAGAAACGAUUCACUUCUGGACUUACGAGCACCACAAUAUAACGGCACCAUUACCCGCCCUUCUUCUCACUGACACAGAGACUCUUCGAGUGGUUCCUCUGAUGAACAACUGCACAGACCUGUGCCAACUGACCCCAGAGAGGGAGGAAUUCCUUACGACAACAACACUGGCACUGACCCGCACACUGCUCACUCGCCAGGCUCACCCUAUAACAGCUGGAGUCGGGAUCACGGCAUCAACCCUCCCAAGUUUAAUCAUGUCACUGGCUUCGAUGCUCUUGAUCAGGAAUAUUCUGUAGAGCAACACUGAGCCUUAUUGAACCUUUGCAGCAAGAUCAAGAAACUCUGCUCCAAGAUAAUCUUGAAUAUUUAAAUGGUAUCUCGUGAUGUUACUUCCAUGUCAUUUGAACACUUCCUAUGGUAGGUUUAGGUCCAAGUUUAAACAAAUUAACGGUUCUUUAGGUUUAGGCCCAAGUUUAAAUAAAUUAACGGUUCUUUAAGUCUAAGAUCUCUGAUAUAUUUGCGUAAUCAUUUCAUAUUAUUUUGCCUCAGGUCUUCAACCGGAUUACCAAAUCGUUGUAUUUUACACGUUACUUUUUAACUUUUGUGAUACGAAUCUAAGCAAGACUAAUAAACACAGCACCAACGCUGUUCUGAAUGAAGUCAAGGUGAAGAAAUGAAAAACACAAUGCGUAUUUCAUCAACGAACAAACUGAGACGUGACUAAUGCACUUUUAAACAGCAUAUUAUUGUAUAAUAAUAAUGGUAAUACUAUCUGAACAGCAAUACUGACUAAUCUUAUGAAAAAGAAAUUGUGUGUGUAUAUAGCACUGGACUAUAUAGUACUAUUGGCACGAAUUUAAACUCUCUACUAAGAUACCUUUACCAGAAUUUCCCAGUUUUGAAAUAUUAGUCUCAAAAGUUUAUUGUACUUAUGAUGAAUCUGCCGAGGACUCGAUUUUUCUCAAAUAACAGUGAACAUUAUAAUGGAAAAUUACUCUGAUUAAGCAAAGCCGUCUAUGGCUAUUAACCUGAGAUUCGUUUUGUUGCUUAAUUCAUUUUAAUUAAAUUUAUCGGCGUUGUUUCAAAACGAUAUAUUGUAGCUAUUGUUAUAUUGACAUUUUUCCAAGUGGAUGUUUUGUAGCUAUCAUUGUAUUGCUGUUGUUUCAACUGGAUAUGCUAAGUGUUUCUAAAUAAAAUUCAGAGACUUAAA